AUGUCGACACUCACGAUGGACCUCUCAACAAUAACCUCGGCCGAGCAGGUCUUCACUUCUCCGUCCAACACGCUCCCGCAGAUCCGAGCGAUCCACAAGGCGCUGCACGCGCAGAUCGACGACCGCGCCUCGCGCCUGCGCACCCAGGUCGGCACCUCGUACCGCGACCUGCUCGGCACCGCCGACGCCAUCGUUCGCAUGCGCCGCGACAUGGCCGAGGUUCAGGCCGUGCUGGGCCGCAUGGGCGGCCGCUGCGGCCGUGCCGUCGUCGGGGCCAAGGCCGAGGGCCUGCAGCGGUUCGUCGGGCUGGGGGAGAACGAGCCGGGCAGAGAUGACGACGACGAUGACGAAGAUGGAGGCAACAUUGAUGUGGAUGCCCUCCUCGGCGCAAAGGGCAGGAUGUUGUCGGUCGCGGCCAGGGCCAGGCUGCUGGACGCGUGUGCGCUCGCCGCGAGGCGGGUGCUGAGGACCGGCGAGGCGAAGAGGGGCGACAGGCUGCUCGUCGCCGCCAAGGUGCUGCUGCUGAGCAGGCUGGUGGGCAAGAGCCUGAGCGAGGGCGGCGAGGCCGCCGUCGACCCGCAGGUCAGGGCGUCGAUCGACGCGUCGUGGAAGAGUCUGCGUAGGAGGAUCGAAAAGGUCCUCGAGGUCGUGGACGAGGACCUGGUCGGCCGCGACGACGUGGUCAAGGCGCUGUGCGCCUACAGCCUCGCCACAAACGCCGGCUGCCGCGAGGUCCUGGGCUUCUUCCUGCGCAUCAGAGCCCGCGCCAUGACGCUGGCGUUUGCGCUCGACGAGGACGCCGAGCACGAGGGCGACGGCGACCAGAGCUCCAAGGCCGCGCUCACCUGCCUCAGGCUCUUUACCAGGACCAUGUUGGAUGUGCAGGCUCUGAUGCCGACCAAGCUCGUCGAGGCCCUCAAGGGGCUGAAGAAGAAGCCGAUUCUAGAGGACGACGCCCUAUUGAAGCUCGAGGGGCUCCGGCUGGAUCUGUCGGCGAGGUGGUGCGGGGACGAGAUCCGGUAUUACAAACCAUAUAUCCGCCACGAUGACCUCGAGGGCAAGCAAGCCAAGGAGAUGCUGACGGGCUGGGCGGAGCGCGGCGGGGAGACGCUCAUCAAGGGCCUGGAGAGGACCCUGACGCGGCUGCACGACCUGGGAGCGGUCCUGGAGCUUCGGUCUAGCGUGCUGCAGUGCUGGAUCCGCGACGGGGGCCGCAUCAGAGGCUACGACCCGGCCGUCAUGCUCGACCAACUGAGGACGGCCAUCAACACGUACACGCUCGAGAUGCUGGCCGGCAAGGUCCACAAGCUGCGGCUCGUGGGCGCCGAGAUGUCGGCGACGCUGGACGGCUGGCGCGUUGGCGUGACGGACGAACAGCACGGCCUGUGGGACGACGAGGGCAUGGACCUGGACCUAUCGGGCGGGGCGGCUCUCUUCACGCAGGACGUCGUGUCCAGGCUCUACGGCCGCAACGACGCCGUCUCCAAGGCGGUAAACUGCUACGAGUCCUGGCAUCAGGUCGUUAGAGAGGUCGAAGAGAAGGUCAAGGUGCUACGCAAGCAACGGUGGGACAACGAUGCCGACGAAAUCGAGGAUGAGGAGACAAUCGAGCAGAGACAGCAGAUCCUCAGCUCGGAAGACCCACAGACGCUACAGGAUCAGCUCAGAAAGUCGCUAGAGACGGCAUUCAGGGAGCUCGAUGAGCAGAUAAUCGGACUGUGGAAAGCACAACAGGACGGCCAGCACAGGGGCCAUGUGGCAAUGUACCUCACCCGCGUGCUCCGGGAUGUACGAAGUCGCCUGCCUGACGAGGUCGAGACGGCUAAAACGCUGGGGACGUCCCUGAUCCCGCAGCUUCACGAGGUUAUCGUCAAGACGAUAGUGGCUGCCCCGCUGGAAGACUUCACAAAGAAGGCACUGGCCAGGACCAGCGUCGUCGGGCGUAGCCUAUGGGAAGGCGAUGACCCAGCCCUGCCGAGCAUGCCGUCGGCCGGUGUGUUUACGUUCCUGAGGGCGCUGGUUGCGUCUAUGGGAGAUGCCGGGUUGGACCUGUGGAGUCCCACGGCCGUUGUCGCGCUCAAGUCGUAUCUCAAGGGACAGCUAAGGGAGGCAUGGCUAGAGGCUUUGAACCGGCACAGUGCCGUUCAAGACAAAGUUGAAGAAGAACAGGGCGCUGAAAGUGUGGACGAGAAGAAGCCCGAGCGGUCCGAGGGUGCAGAUGCUGACGAGGAGGGUUCCAAGGAAGACCAAGAUAAAGUCGCAUCUACAGAAAACGAUCAAGCAGAGGACAAGGCGUCUGUUUCGGCGGAACAGCGUAGAGAACUCUUUACGCAAUGGCUAUACGAUGUCAUGUUUCUUCAGGGUAGCCUUGGUACAGCCAACGGGCCCUCCGAGGAUGAGCUCAAAGACUUGGAGGAUGCUAUGUACAAGCAGACGGAGCUUAACAAUGAUGCCGCGCGGAAGCAGAUAUCUAAAUCGGCGCAGGAAAACUGGAAACGGACCAGCCUGCUCUUUGGAUUGCUGGCGUGA